GGGCGGGGCGCGCCUGCGGCGAUGAUGGGCGGCCAUGGCCCGGGCGGGCUGCUCCAGCGGCACGGCGGCCGCGGCGGCGCGGGUGGGGGGCGCGGGGCGGCCGGAGCCGUGGGAGCUGUCCCUGGAGGAAGUGCUGAAGGCCUACGAGCAACCCAUCAACGAAGAGCAGGCGUGGGCCGUGUGCUUCCAGGGCUGCCGCGGGCUGCGGGGUGCGCCGGCGGGUCGGCGGCGCAUCCGGGACACGGCGGACAUUCUCCUGCGCAGGGACGGCUCCGUGGGCGCGCGGCGGGAGCCCGGCGCCGCGGAGCCCACAACGAUGGUGGUUUCACCCGCCAGCUCAGAAGCCCAGAUGGUGCAGUCGUUGGGCUUUGCCAUCUACCGCGCGCUGGACUGGGGGCUGGACGAGAGCGAGGAGCGCGAGCUCAGCCCGCAGCUGGAACGGCUCAUCGACCUCAUGGCCAACAAUGACAGCGACGAUGGCGGCUGCGGGGCGGCAGACGAGGGCUAUGGGGGCCCCGAGGAGGAGGAGGAGGCCGAGGGUGGGCCCCGCGCCGUGCGCACCUUCGCCCAGGCCAUGCGGCUGUGCGCCUCACGUCUGACCAACCCCCGGGGUGCACAAGCCCACUACCAGGCCGUGUGCCGCGCACUCUUUGUGGAGACACUGGAGCUGCGGGCCUUCCUCACGAGGGUCCGGGAGGCCAAGGAGAUGCUGCAGAAGCUUCGGGAGGAUGAGCCGCAGGCAGAGAAGCCCCUGGUGGAGCUUGACAACCUAGGGCGCACGGACUGGGCCCGACUGUGGGUCCAGCUCAUGCGGGAACUCCGCCAUGGGGUGAAGCUCAAGAAGGUGCAGGAGCAUGAGUUCAACCCCCUGCCCACCGAGUUCCAGCUCACGCCCUUCGAGAUGCUGAUGCAGGACAUCCGUGCUAGGAACUACAAGCUGCGCAAGGUCAUGGUCGAUGGAGACAUCCCUCCCAGGGUAAAGAAGGACGCCCACGAACUCAUCCUCGACUUCAUCCGCUCUCGGCCUCCGCUGAAGCAGGUCUCCGAGAGAAGGCUUCGCCCCUUACCCCAGAAGCAGAGGACCCUGCACGAGAAGAUCCUGGAGGAAAUCAAGCAGGAGCGGAGGCUGCGCCCAGUUGGGGGGUUUGGUUCUCUGCCAUGCAUCCUCAACGCCUGCUCCGGGGAUAUCAAGUCCACUUCCUGCAUCAACCUGUCCAUCACGGAUGCUGGGAGCAGUGCUCAGCGCUCGCGGCCCCGGGUACUGCUCAAGGCGCCCACCUUGGCUGAGAUGGAGGAGAUGAACACGUCUGAGGAGGAAGAGUCUCCGUGUGGGGAGGUGACACUGAAGCGGGACCGCUCUUUCUCGGAGCACGACCUGGUCCAGCUCCGGAGCGAAGUGGCCUCUGGCCUGCAGCCAGCCACUCAGCCCCCAGGAGGGUUGGAGCCAUCCCAGCCCCGCGUGGGCAGCGUGCAUGCCUGGAGGCCAAGCAUCCAGGAGCAGGGUUCCUUCCCUGUGAGCAUCCAGUCCCAGCCUGACUCCAGCUCCCUCCCACACAGUGACCUGGGAUCAACAGAGGAGGAUAGGCCGAAGGAGGACAGGCAGGAAGCCUCCGAGGCCUCAGACGCCAAUCACCUGUGGCUGGAGUUCAGCCACCCCGUGGAGAGCCUCGCUCUGACCGUGGAGGAGGUGAUGGAUGUGCGCCAAGUGCUGGUGAAGGCUGAGAUGGAGAAGUUCCUGCAGGACAAGGAGCUCUUCAGCAGCCUGAAGAAGGGGAAGAUUUGCUGCUGCUGCCGAACCAAGUUCUCACUGUUCUGCUGGCCACCCACCUGUCUCUUUUGCAAGAGAAAGAGUUUACUGACCCCAUGCUAAAGGCUUAAAGGAACAGCAUCAGGAAUGGUGUCUUCCCACCGGCCAUUGUGGAAAUGUUGUAAUCUGUAGGCCACUGCGUGGGAUACACAGAAGGCCUUGCCUCACUAGUGGGAGUAGGUACUCCUAGCUGAGCAUUGCUCCAGACCUAACCAAUCACAAAAGCAAGACCUGGAAGGACCAAACUAUUCCCAAGUAUCUUAACUGCUUCCCAGAACAAAGCUCAAGAAUAGGAAUAAAAAAGUAUCCAGCACCCAGCAAGAUAAAACAUCUAGCAUCCAAUCAAAGAUUAUCAGACAUGUCACCACGUAGGAAAACAUGACCCAUGAUGAGAGAAAUCAAUCAAAAUCACCCACAACUGAUGCAGAUGUUAGAAUUAGCAGAUAAGGACAUUAAUAGUUUUGAAAUGCAUUUCAUAUGUUUAAAAAGUUAGAGACAUGGAAGAUAUAAAGAAGACACAAAUCAAACCUCUACACAUGAAAACUAGAAUGUAUGGGAUGAAAAUUACGCUGGAUGAGGUUAAUGGCACAUAAGACAUUCAGAAGAAUGUGCAGAAGAAAAGAUUAGUCAAGUUGAAGACACAGCAAUAGAAACUAUCCAAAAUGAAAACACUGAGAGAAAAAAGAAUAUAAAAAAUGAAAAAGGCAUCAAUGAGUUGUGGGAUAAUGUUAAAAACUCUAAUAUAGGUGUAAGUAGAGUUCCCAAAGGAGAAGUGGGGGACAGAAAAAGUAUCUGAAGAAAUAAUGGCUAAAAAAAUUUUCAAAAUUUGAUAAAAAAUAUAAACCCACAAGAAACUCAGUGAACCCCAAGCACAAGAAACAGGAAUAAAAUCCCACCAAGGCACAUAGUAAUCAAUUUGAUCAAAACAAGUGAUAAAGAGAAAUUCUUAAAAUCAGCCCUCAAAGACAUGUUAUGUAUGUUAUGUACAGAGGAAAGACAAAGAUGACUGCAGAUUUCUCGUUGGAACAAUGCAAGCAACAUCUUUAAAGUACUGAAAGAAGAAAAAAAGCUGUCAGUCUGGAAUUCUAUACCCAGCAAGAAUAUGUUCAAAAACAAAGGCAAAAGUAAAGACAUUUCCAGAAAUACAAAAGCCAAAAGAAUUCUUCACCAGCAAAGCCACACUAAAACAAAUGUUACACGAGGUCCUUCACAUAGAAGGAAAAUGAUACCAGAUGGAAAUUGUUAUUUUGUUUUUUUGUUUUUUUUGUGUGAGGAAGAUUAGCCCUGAGCUAACAUCUGUUGCCAGUCCUCCUCUUUUCUGCUGAGGAAGACUGGCCCUGGGCUAACAUCCAUGCCCAUCUUCCUCCACUUUAUAUGGGAUGCCGCCACAGCAGAGCACACACACUUAACUGCUACGCCACUGGGCCGGCCCCCCAGAUGGAAAUCUGAAUCUAUACAAAGGAAUGAAGAACACCAGAAGUAGCAACUACUAAGACAAAUAUAUAAGAUUAUUUUCUUAAAACUUUUUAAAAGGUAAACCAAUAUCCAGGACCCAACAAGGUAAAAUUCAGUGUCUGGCAUCCAAUCAAAGAUUACCAGGCAUGCCAAAAAAACAUAAAUAACAAUGUAUUGUGGGGUUUAUAACAUAUCUAUAAGUAAAAAGUAUCAUAACAAUAGCAUUAAGGCCAGGGAAUGGGGGGAAAUUGGAAAUAUGCUAUUUUAAGUUUCUUAUACUGUAGAUGAAGUGGUAAAAUAUUACUUGAAGGUAAACUGUGAUAAGUUAAAGACAUAUACUAUAAGACUGAAAGCAACCGCUAAAAUAACAAAACAGAAGAAUAGCUUAUAAGUCAACAAAGAAGAUAAAAUGGAAUCAUAAAAAAUACUUGAUUAAUACAGGAGGCACAAAAAGGAAAAGGGAACAAAGAACAAAUAGGACAAAACAAAACAAAUAGCAAGAUGACAGACUUACACCCAACAAGAUCAGUAAUUGCAUUAACUAUAAAUGGUCUAAACAACCCAAUUAAAAGGCAGAGUUUCCCAGAUUGAGUAAAGAAAGCAAGACAGACUGCUGCCUACAAGACAUGUACUUUAUUUAUUUAUUUAUUUUGCUGAGGAAGGUUUGCCCUGAGCUAACAUCCGCUGCCAGUCUUCCUCUUUUUGUGUGGGUCACUGCCACAGCAUGGCCACUGACAGACAAGUGGUGUAGGUCCGUGCCUGGGGACCGAACCUGGGUUGCCAAAGCAGAGCGCACUGAACUUAACCACUAGGCUACGGGGGCUGGCCCAAGACAUGUACUUUAAAUAAAAAGACACAAAUUGGUUAGAAGGAGAAGG